AGUAAAAGAAGUAAAAGAAAAAGGAAUAGAUUUAAAAACACUCAUUUAUGGGGCUCUCAUUACAUGCUUCAAAAGAAAACCUGUAGUGGAGGAGACUGCAGAAGAUAGAGCCUUUUCUUCUGCUUUCCUCUCUCUCUCUCUCUGUGGCUCGUGGUGACUUGAGGAAGUGAGCUUUGGUAUUGGGGAAGAAGAUUACAACUCCAUCAUUUCCUUGUUGAUGAUGACGAUGACGGUAGUGAAGAAGAAUGUGACCCUUUUGACCAGAGAGAGAGAGAGAAAGAGAUAGAUCCGGUAAAGAAAGAAAAAAAGAGAAAGAAAGUGAGAAAGAAAGCCAAGGAUGGAGAAAAGAUGUCCCCUUUGACGGGCAUUGUUGCUUGUCGAUUGCCGAUAAGAGAGAUAGCGAAAGAGAGAAAAGUGAGUGAGUUUCUGAGUGAGAGAGAGAAAGAGAACACUCACCCCCUUUAUCUUUCGCACACGCUUCUUGUCCUCUGGAUGUGAUGGGUCUCUUGGAAUUUUAAGGGUCUCUCUGUCUUCUCUUUCUUAUCAAUAAUCUUUCUCAAUUUCUUGGAGCAUCUUGCGAAGAGGGUUUUCGAUAGAAUGCCGAUGUACCAGCCCUCUAGUCGGAAGAGAGAUGUGGGGGACGGGAAGCUUGAUGUGGGCGGCGAUGGGCAAGUGUUGGAUCUGGAGACCGCUGUGAAAGAUGGCAUUUUGGGCGGAGAUGGAGCCUUCUUCGGCGGCGGUGUCACCGAUAAAUUGGAUUUAAAGAAGAUGGUCGCGGAGCUCGAACUCAUAGAUGUUCCCUCAGUUUUUAUCUGCCCGAUCUCUUUGGAGCCGAUGCAAGACCCAGUGACCCUUUGCACGGGCCAGACCUACGAGAGAUCCAACAUUCUCAAAUGGUUCUCUUUGGGCCACUUCACUUGCCCCACCACGAUGCAGGAGCUGUGGGACGGUUCAAUCACGCCGAACACAACUCUGCACCAGCUGAUUUACAGUUGGUUUUCGCAGAAGUACUUUGUAAUAAAGAAGAGGUCGGAGGAUGUGCAAGGCAGAGCUUUGGAGCUUUUGGAGACGCUGAAGAAGGUUAAGGGUCAAGCUAGAGUUCAAUCUCUUAAAGACCUGAGGCAGGUCGUCGUUGCUCAUGCUUCGGCGAAGAAGACUGUGGUGGACAAUAACGGUAUAGACUUGGUUUCUUCUCUGUUGGGCCAUUUCACUUCGCAUGCAGUUGGGUCGGAGGCAAUUGGGAUUCUUGUGAAUUUAGAUCUCGACUCGCAGUCGAAGGCCGAUUUGAUGCAACCCGCGAAGAUAUCGUUAAUGGUAGACAUGCUAAAUGAGGGGUCCAUUGAGACCAAGAUCAAUUGCACGAAAUUGAUCGAAACGCUGAUGGUUGGGAAGGAUUUUAGGUCGGAGAUUGUCUCAAGCUUGAGUCUUUUGGUGGGGUUGUUGAGGUUGGUGAAGGAUAAAAGACAUCCAAAUGGGGUCUUCGCCGGUCUCAGUUUACUGAAAACAGUUUGUUCUCACGAGUCCAUUCGGAGGUCUGUUGUGAGCAUUGGGGCAGUCCCCCAAUUGGUUGAGCUCCUGCCCAGUUUGAGUAACGAGUGUUUGGAAUUGGCUCUUUAUGUGCUAGAGGUACUGUCCACUCUUCCAGAAGGAAGACAGGCUUUGAAAGAUUGUCCGAACACGAUACCGAAUGUGGUGAGGUUAAUGAUGAAGGUUUCGGAGAGCUGCACUCAGUUUGCACUGUCAAUCUUGUGGGCUGUUUGCAAGCUUGCCCCAGAGGAAUGUGCCGCACUUGCUCUGGAGGCAGGUUUGGCGGCUAAACUGCUGCUUGUAAUUCAGAGUGGUUGCAAUCAGGUUAUGAAGCAACGGUCUGCUGAGCUCUUGAAAUUGUGUAGUCUAAAUUACACAGCUACUAUCUUCAUUUCCAAGUGUAAGCUUACACGAACGAUACAAUGAAGGAACACUGGCAAGGUGUUGAUAUACAUCAUAAUUAUUUUUUGUCCUUUGGCCUGGGGGACCAAGGAACCAGAGAACUUGUGGGAGCUGCAGAUUUGAGGCUCAGAUUCAUUGGGUUUCUGAGGUACCCUUUCCUCUUGUGCAUAUUAAGAAAUUAGAUUCUAUCGGUUAGUUUCAGUUCAAAAAGCAGCAUAAAAGGCGGAUUGAGUUCUAUAUUGUUUAUUGCAUAGGUAAAAACCCUUUUGUCUAUAACCCGGCAAUUUAGCGUCAAUAAGCCCCUGAAAAGUUUCAGCUCAGCUAUUUUUGUUUGUAAACUCUUACCAAUCUUGAAACUGGUAGCUGAUUGUUCCAAGCCGGAAACAGGGGACGGGAAACUUAUACAAGGAUGAGUUUCGAUUUUGUUUUCUUA